CUAGCACGAUUGAGCCGUUAUUACGGUGUCGUUUCUUCGAAAUUCUAUGUGAACGACAGCAGCUGCGCAAACACAAUGUUUCCUCGAUACCAAGGCGGCUUCGCAGACAUAUUCCUUGGCCAAAGGCGCGGGGGAAAAGUCGUUCUGAAGCGAUUACGGGCGCAUAACGCGGACGGCACCGAUCCAUCACAUCAGAUGCUAUACCGGGAGGCUGCGAUAUGGGCACAACUGAAGCACCCGAAUGUGCUCCCCUUCCAUGGCGUCGACCGGGUGACCAUUCCUACGCGCCCCGCCAUCGUCUUGCCCUGGAAAUGCAACGGGAACUUGCUGAAUUACAUUCAAAAACAGAGGUGUACCGGAAUGGAGAUCAAUGCAUUGUUAUUGGAUGUCGCGACAGGAUUGUCAUAUCUUCACGAUCAAGCUGUUAUCCAUGCCGAUUUACGCGCUGCCAAUAUUCUCGUUGACGAUGAUGGGUCGGCUCUCCUCACCGACUUCGGUUUGGCCUUCGUAUCAAACGAGGCCACGGUUGGAACCGCUGUUGGCCUAUCUCACCUUCGAUGGCUUCCUCAGGAGCUGGUGGGUGAGGAAGAGCGGUUUCCCACCCGCUCUACUGAUAUAUACGCCUUUGGUCACGUUUGCGGUGAAGCGUAUACCCUGAAACCUCCAUUUUGGAACAUCGUCAACAACUCUGCAGUCCAAUGGACGAUUUGCAGCGGAGGCCUCAUGCGGCGCCCCUCGAACUACGAAUGUCCCGGUCCGCAUCUACCUGACAACCUGUGGACCUUGAUGCAACGUUGCUGGGUUCCCCACCCAUCGGACAGGCCCAUGGCUGCGGAACUCGUUGACGAGCUACGCCGCCUGAACCAUCCUCUUCCGGAUUGGUAA